AUGUCUCCCUUGCCGUACAUCUCAGAGCCCACUGGUCUACCAGCGCUCUUAGUGUACCCGCUAAAGCUCCAGGUUGACAGGAUCUGGACGUUCAUGCCUACUAUAUACACUGCGUAUUGGGCGCUUUUACCGCUAUGGCCUCGAAAGGAUCCCGGAUCUUUCUACUUGUCGCCAUACGUACCGGACGGCCCGGACGCGCACAUUACGAUAGUCGACCAGUAUAACCCUCGGGCGCUUAUGAUGUUCGGCCUCACCGUGACCUGGAUGUGUCGGCUCUCGUACAACACCUGGCGACGCGGCCUCUUCAGCUUGUCUGACGAGGAUUACCGCUGGGCUGUACUCCGGCAGAAGAUACCCGCGUGGCUGUUCCAGGUCACAAACCUCGUAUUCAUUGCUGCGAUCCAGAACAUUCUCCUAAUGCUCAUCGCCCUCCCAACCCUCACCGCCAUCCGUCAAGGCCCAGUCUCCCUCCGCGUCUCCGACUACCUCCUCGGCUGCUUAGCGGUAUACGACCUCCUGUGGGAGUUCACCGCUGACAACCAACAGUUCGCUUUCCACGCAUGGAAGCACGGCAAUUACAAGCCGGAGGAGCAUUGGCCGGGUGCGCGUCUAGCGUGGACGACGGCUGAUCGUGCUCGAGGCUUCUGUACACGCGGACUGUGGGCGUGGAGUCGGCAUCCGAACUUCUUUGCUGAGCAGUCGUUCUGGUGCAUCUUGAACCUGGUUCCCCUGUUGGCACCCGAAGACAAAGACUCGUCGCUCGUGACCGACUAUGAUCACACGAUCCGUACCCUCGCGCGUCUGUCACCCUGCAUCUCUCUCUGCAUCCUCUUCUACUCAUCCACCCUCUUCACCGAGAGCAUCUCGAUGUCGAAGUACCCGGAAGCGUAUGGCGCGUACAAGAAGCGCGUCGCCAAGUUUGUGCCGUUUUUGACGCCCGUGCAUGGGCUGUUGCUGGGGCUGAUUGGUGGGGAGAAGGAGAAGACGAGGGUCGAGCAGCUUGUGUAUGGGGAGGGCGCGUUGGCGGUGAAGUCGAAGGCUGAGUAG